AUGAUAACCAACUCACCACAAACAACAACCCAGAUAAUAUGUGUGCAAACAGAGCAUCUUCACCAUGACAACCAUUGAAGAGAAGAAUAUCAAGUCCGUGGCGACUCCAGUCGAGAAAGGCGAUCGUCUCACUCCAACGCCAGCAUCACGUCCCAACUCAAACAAGGCGGGCAUAUCAAUCAUCCAAUACGACCCCGCUCUUACGUCCAUAAUCGGCCCAAGCCCAACUCACGCCCUCCUCCUCUCCUCCCUAGACGCCUCAGCCAACGCCUUUUUCCACCGCGGAUGCGUCUACAUCCCUUCCCGGAAAGAGCUAUGGACGACCUCCGCCCCCCUCGCAGCAACCGACCCCACGCGGCCCCCGACAAUCCUCAUGUCCAAAGUCAACGUCGAGCCCAGCAAAACCAACGACACGCUCGCCGUAAAAUGGGCCAAGAUGCGCCCACCCCCAACCAUGCCCAUGCCGGCGGGCGGCUGCUUAGUCGGAGACGAUGUCGCCGUGUGGUGUUCCCAAGGAAACAUGGCCUCGCAGACGGGCGGCGUGCUGAUGAUGCAGGCGGGUAGGCACCCGCAGCGCGUGGCGUCCGGCUACUACGGCCACGACUUCAACUCGCCGCACAGUGCCGCCGUCUCGCCGCUGGACAACGGCAUCUGGUUCACGGACCCGUGCUGCGGGCACGAGCAGGACUUUAGGGCGCGUCCUCAACUGCCGCCGCAGGUGUAUCGGUGCGAGCCGAAGACCGGGGAGGUGAGAGCUAUGGCGGAUGGGUUCAAGCGGCCGACUGGGAUCGCGAUUGACGAGGAGUUUGAGACGGUGUAUGUUGCGGAUGCUGGGGGUGUGCGUGUUGAUGGGAGUCUUGACUUGACUGAACCGCGGAGUAUCUACGCUUUUGAUAUUGUGAAGCGGAGUGGUUCCGUCUUCUUGGCGAAUAGGCGGCUGUUUGCCCUGGCUAGGAGGGGUGCUCCCAUGCACCUCAUGUGCGAGAAUGGCAAUGUGUGGACGGCCUGUAGCGACGGCAUCGAGAUUUGGAGUAAUGGCGGUUCAUUACUUGGCGCGAUUCUAGUUCCAGGUGGUGUCAUGAGCUUCUGUCGUGGGCCAGAUGACACGGUAUUUAUCUGCGCCGAGCAGAGGUUGUGGAGGCUCCAGCUUUCUGGUGAUCAUUCAGUUGCUAGCCCAGAGUUACUUUGAGCUACAGUGAUAUAACUUUGAAGACUGACAUGAGGGUAUGGCUAUCAAAGUCUUCCUCAUAACCACGCUUAUUUUCAAGGGGGUGAGGGAGUUGUCGGAAGCAUGGGUGUGCAGUGGGCCUAGAAAGUAGCGUGGAAUUCCUGUAGCAUCGUUAGACAAUUAUUUACUCG